AGGCUCUGUCCCCACCGGGCAACGUUUGCCUGUAUAGUCUCGUAUACUACUCGAAGCCGCUCGAGAGGUGGAUCUGUUGGCCAGUUCAAGUCAUUCAGUAGGCAUUAAAAGGACAGCGAAGUGUGAGAGCGGUCUAACCAUGCCUAGCACAGCAGACAAGAAAAAAAAAUAGCCUUGUGCUGGAUCAGCUUGUGUAUGACAACGGGAUAUGGUAACAGUGUUUGCCCGUCGGGCAUUGCUCGAUAGUGUGAACACGCUUAAAGCUCCCACUGUUUCAUGAAGCGUUACUGUGACAGCUCAAAUCCUAUUGCUUCAUAUACGAGUGCCGCUCACUUGAUUCAUGCAGGUACAGCUGCACUAACCACAUGCGGGGAUGGCAACAUGAGUAGUAUGUUAUCAAUGGAUUCGUCCAUGGGAAAGUUUGUAUCGUGCUCAAUGUGUAACAGUAUUGAGUGUGCUUACCUAUCUAUGGAUGUGUCACCUUAAGAAAGCAUGCAUAUUCUGGCAUACGUGCGGCGCUGGUCGAAAUAAUGGAAACAUCAACAGAUCCGCGAUGCAACCACCUACUUUUCAUCGACGAUGGUUUCUCUCUGACUUCUACUGCUGUGGAAAUACUGAUGGCUGUAAACCCUCCACGUGGCUUCGGGCUUUUUACGGCGGUGAAAGGACAAGAAAGCAAUAAGACACAGCAAGACUGGAUGACCGUGGUUACGGUCCAGGCGCGGCAGAUGAGAAUGGUGUCGUGGUGUGCAAUGGUAAUACUGGUAACCGACAACCCCAUCGUCCUCGGUACCUUUGCUGAAUUAUCGAUGAAGAACCAGCUAUUGGUAUCGUCCACGAAACUCCUUGCGAUUACUCAGCUUCCGAUUCGUCGCCUUGAGAGCAUAGAUUAUUUUCAUAAGGUGUUUUCUAGAAUGGAUGCUAUGAUUCUCAUCUUUGAUGAUUCCGGUACAGUGACAAGUGGACUUUUUAUUUAUUUACCGAACAUAACGCCCGCAAGAGGCAAGAUUCAACUAGCAACAUUGUCAUUAAUGGGCCUCACUUGGGUUUCUGAUCUUCCUAUUUUUCCUGACAAAUACACCAAAUUUUUGGAAAGACCAGUUAUGAAGAUUGCAAGGGAACAGAUAGGUGAGAAACAGAACGAAGGCUGCAACCAACCGUUGAUCGCGUACAUGGCGGAAGCGAUGAAUUUUACAUGUAACAUGGCAUAUGCUGCAGGAAAUGUAUACGGCACCAGGAACGUUGAUGGAACCUGGUCUGGCAUGAUUGGCAUGUUAAUUAGAGAAGAGGCAGACAUGUCUUUGGCAUCCUUCGGUUACACGCCCCUCCGCGGCCAGGUGGUGGACUACAGUAUUCCCCUCUUGGUGCAGUACUCAACCAUCGUCGGUAAACUAGGACAGCCAGAAUUAGAUCCCUGGAGUUUUCAUCUGCCGCUGGACGCUUAUGUGUGGUUGAGCAUCUUAAUAACCCUCCUACUUGUUCCUGUUGUCAUGGUUCUAUUGUCUUGGAGUUCCUCUUCACUCUCGACUCGGCGUCGUUCCAGCUGGAGUAGGGACGUCUUCCAACUACUUCGUGUUUUGUUACAGCAAGACAUAUCAACAUCCCAUGACUCAUGGCGGCGACGCGGAGUUAUGGCCACCUGGCUGCUGGUAGCCUUAGUGCUAGUUAGGAGCUACGCCAGCAACCUUAUGUCAGUGAUGGCGGUACGUUAUGUCCAACAGCCAUACCAGAGCUUAAGGAAUGUACUUGACGAUCCUAGUGUCACUAUGAUCUGGCAAACCAACUCCGGCAGAGUGGAGUACUAUCGUUCGGCAAGGUCCGGGAUAUUCCGGGAAGUGGCUGAAAGGGAGAAGGCUGGCGGCAUCAAGUUACAAUUGCUCCACGAAUUCUGGAGAAGCAUGGACACCUUGCUUCAGAGAGGAGAUCACGUUCUUGUUGCAGUGGAGAUCAUAUCACGCAUGUUGAUCAGCCGUGACUUUACAAAAAGAGGACAAUGUGAUUUUUAUACUGCAAAAGAACGCAUUCUGCCAGUUUUUCUAUCUGUGGUGGGGCAAAAGGGAAGCCCCACUGUACCCCAACUCAACAGAAGAAUUAUGGCGAUCCAGGAAGCAUGGUUGCAUGAUCUAUGGGUUGAGAAUACCAUAAAUAAUUCUACUGCCUGUGCUCAGACGCCGUGGCGGAUCACUAACAGCAGCUCUCUGUCACUGCAACAUCUGUGGGGCAUGAUGGCAGUGUUAGCAGGCAGCCAUUUUAUGGGAUUACUCCUACUCCUCUGGGAGAUAUGGUCCUCACCUAUCAAAACCUCUUAAAUCUAUAUAAAAAAAAAAAAAGAAAAAUAAAUAAAAAGAAUUUCCAGCCGA